UGAUCAAACACGAUGGUUGAUUGUCUUCUAGUGUUUUCUGAAUGAUACAUCUGUGCAUCAAGUUGCUGUCAACUGGUUGUGCCAUGAUAUCGGAGGGAGAAAGACAAAAAAGAGGAUGAGAGGGUAAAAGAGAGAAAGGAGGGUGGGAUGGAGGGAGGCUGCAAAUGGCAGCUUCUGUGACACCACAGGAGGGAGGGAGGAAGGGAGAGAGUGAGCAAGAAAUAGUCAGAGGGAGAGAGUGUGUGUGAGAGAGAGAACAGCAGUCCAACUAGAUCAGAUUGCAAAAGAUUGAUAGAGGGAACUGGUUAGAUAAUCAGCAGUGAGGCAAAAUUUUACAGCUUUGUGGGAAAUGUGAAGGAUAGACUUCAUGCUAGUAAAAGUAAGGGAUGAGUAGAAGACCAGCUGAAGACAUUUUCUCAGAAGAUGGAGAUACAAAACCUUGAAUUUUCACUGGGAUAGUCCUCUUUACACAUUUUGUACCUGUUUUGUACAUCCAGCAGAGGCUUGGGACAAGGUUCUGUGAUUCAGUGUAACUGCACUCACAACAGCUACUGAAAACCAGAGGCAAGAUAGCAAGCAAGGAUGAAGAAAUUCAAAGAGGGUCUGUGCUGUGUGCCGAAGAUGAUGGAGUGGUUUUCUUCAGUAUUUGAGUAACAUAUAGUGAAGGAGCAGCUGUGGUGGCAGAUGCAGAGAAUGCCUCAGUUUGGUUAACAGUGACACUGGGAGAGAAGAGACCUCCUUUUACUUAUGCGACCUGGGGGAGGACAGGUAGAAAUAAAGGGACUGGAUUAAAGUACACGGCUCCCUCCCAGCUCCGUGUAUAUGACUCACUAAAAUGCAGCUUAGCCAGUGAUCAAGCUGUGAGGGGCCACGAUCACACACUGGGACACCAGGCCUGCCCUUCUGCUCUAAGUCUGCAGCUGGAGACGCCACCAGGAGCAUGAGUGUGGGAAGGAUCAAUCGCUACAGCAUUGUGUCAUCUGAGGAAGAAGGCCUCCGGCUCACUACCAUGCAUGGCAUGAACGGCUUUGGCAAUGGCAAGAUCCACACACGCCGCAAAUGCCGCAACCGCUUUGUCAAAAAGAAUGGCCAGUGCAAUGUGCAGUUUACCAAUAUGGAUGACAAAUCACAGCGCUACAUGGCUGACAUCUUCACCACAUGUGUCGAUAUUCGCUGGCGGUGGAUGCUGGUGGUCUUCACACUUGUGUUUGUUGUCUCCUGGCUGGUCUUCGGCGUGGCCUUUUGGGUCAUUGCUUUGGUGCAUGGAGAUCUGGAUAACCCAGGGGGAGAUGACAACUUCACCCCAUGUGUCCUGCAGGUCAAUGGAUUUGUGGCUGCCUUUCUAUUCUCCAUUGAAACACAGUCUACCAUAGGUUACGGCUACCGCUGUGUGACUGAGGAGUGCCCAGUGGCUGUCUUCAUGGUGGUCCUUCAGUCCAUAGUGGGAUGCAUAAUCGAUUGCUUCAUGAUUGGCGCCAUCAUGGCCAAGAUGGCGAGGCCUAAAAAGCGAGCACAAACACUAUUGUUUAGCCACAAUGCUCUCAUUGCCAUGCGGGAUGGAAAACUGUGCCUCAUGUGGAGGGUAGGGAAUCUACGCAAGAGCCACAUUGUAGAGGCCCAUGUCAGGGCACAACUCAUCAAACCUCGGAUCACUGAUGAAGGGGAAUAUAUUCCUCUAGACCAGAUAGACAUUAAUGUGGGCUUUGAUAAAGGCUUCGACAGGAUAUUCUUGGUUUCACCCAUCACUAUUCUCCAUGAGAUAGAUGAGGAGAGCCCCCUUUUUGGGAUCAGCAAACAGGACUUGGAGACAGCAGACUUUGAAAUUGUCGUCAUCUUGGAGGGGAUGGUUGAAGCAACUGCCAUGACCACACAGGCUCGUAGCUCCUACUUGGCCUCAGAGAUCCUUUGGGGUCACCGCUUCGAACCAGUCUUGUUUGAGGAGAAGAACCUGUACAAGGUGGAUUACUCUCACUUUAACAAAACCUACGAGGUGCCGUCCACCCCCCGCUGCAGUGCCAAGGACAUGGUGGAGAGCAAGUUCCUAGUCCCCAGCUCUAACUCUUUCUGCUAUGAAAACGAGCUGGCCUUCCUAAACCGUGAUGAAGACGACAAGGAUGCAGGGGGAGGGAGCAGGGCACUGGCAAACCUCAGUCCAGACCGGAACACCCGACAAGAAUUUGAACGAUUGCAGGUCACCAGGGCACUGGAUCAAAGGUCAUAUCGAAGAGAGUCGGAAAUAUGACCUCUACCCAUUGAUCCAGGGUCAACUCUCAAAAACUUUAUCUUAGGGUAAAAAUGCAGAACAAUGCAAAGUGCCAUAGGAAAAGCUGACUACUGUGAAAAAUUGAAAAAGAAAUAAGACAAGAAUAAGAGGGACUUAACUGGAAGGGAUGGGAAAAGCAGGCGUACACAGCUUUGAAAAUUGUGGUAAGGAAUGUCUACAAUCAAGGAGAAGGCUAGACCUUCUUCCUUCAUGGAAACUUGAACCUUUUUUCACACGGUCAUUCUGAGUUAAGUGUGUUUAACAAUAGUGCAUCAAAAAACUAUUGGGACAGGACCUUAUAAUCAAAUUUUAGGUGUAAAUACAUUGCUUAGAUUAGUUAUGUUUUGUGUGCAGUAUCAGUUUCCAAAAUCACUGCUAAAAAACUGAAAUUAUCAUUUCAACUUAUUCUUGGGCACAAAUAACAGUGCUACAAGCUUUCUCUUAAGCUGUCCUCACAUUGGUGUUAUUUACCGGACAUGUGUCCAGUGACACAUUGAAAAUUUGUGCACUGCAGCAUUCAGAUGCAAUGAGCCAUGAAAUAACGUCUGACCAUGAGCCACUAAGAACAACAUAAUUUAACACCUUCAUUUUAGUAUUGGUGUGAUCCAAAAUCUACCAAUGUAGGGAGAGCAGGCUUUAACUGCACUAUGAAAAACAUAAAGGAAUAUGUAGAACAGAAAUGAAACUGCAGAGAAAAACACUUUUUACAAUCUCUAAAUGUCUCAUAU